AGGGCGGGAACGAGCGAAGGCCGCAGCGCGGGCGGGCGUCAGACACCGAACAACCGGCAGUUUCGGCAGCGGGGACACGGAGCUCCAAGCGCACUCACUCACACACACACACACAGAGAAACGGGCCAUGGAGGCGAGCGAGGAGACGGCGAACUUGUUGGUCAAAUCCCCCGACCAGAGCUACGACGACCUGAGGCUGGUGGUGGAGCUGGGCUGGACGGUGCAGAGGCUGAAGAACGUCCUCAGCGAGCAGUACCCGACCCACCCGGCGGAAUCAGAGCAAAAGCUGAUUUAUUCGGGGAAAUUGCUGCCCGACCACCUUUUGCUAAGGAACGUCCUGAGAAAGUUGGACCAGUACCACACCAUUCAUUUGGUCUGUAACAGUAAAAGUGGAACUAAAGCUACACAAGCAGACAGUGUGAAGCAGCAACCAGCUCCCCCCACAGCUUCUGGCCAGGAUAGUCUCACUGUCCCUACGUCAGGAGCAACAGAUGGCGUACGACACAGAGGGGCCAGUACGUUCCCCUGGGCCUAUGGUUCCUGGCCUGCAAGGGAAGAACCCCAGAGGCCAGUGGGAAUGUCUGGUCUAGCGGCUUACAAUCUGUACAGCUCUCAGCAGAUCGUGUGGUUCCAGCAGAUGUACGCACGGCAAUAUUACAUGCAAUACCAGGCUGCAGUGGCUGCUGCUGCUGCUGCCGCCACCAACUCCCAACAUCAGCCUGUGGUUACACCAGGAGCACCAGCAGCACUGCCCAACCAGCCGCCGCUAGUCCAUCUACCCGCUGAUCAGAAUGCUCCUCUACCUCAACUCAACAACCCGCCAGCAAACCAGAACCUACGGAUGAACGCACAGGGAGGACCUGUGAUGGAUGAUGACGAUGACUUGAACAGGGACUGGUUGGAUUGGCUCUACCUGGGUGCCCGUGCCUGCUUUUUCCUGAGCAUCGUUUACUUCUAUUCUUCGUUGAGUCGUGUGGUUUUGGUGGCGAGCGCAAUUCUCCUGAUGCAUCUACAUCAUGCUGGUUGGUUUCCAUUCAGACAUCCAGCACCAGUGCAACCAAAUGACAACGUGCCUUUGCAGGAAGCCAAUCCAAAUCAUGAAAAUCAGGAAGAUCAACAGAAUCAGGACAACAUGGAUGAUGUGCAAGAAGAGAAUGUGCCACCAGAUGAAGAUCGUGAAAGAGUGAAUCAUUCUGGAAGUGAUGAUACCAGGCAGGCCACCCUGGCUCCUGAAGCUGAAGUGAAUAGGACGACAUUUGUGAAUAAAACAUGGGUAUUCUUCAAAACCUUCUUCGCUUCUUUGAUUCCAGAAGGUCCCCAGGUUGCAGCCAACUAAGUUCAAAUACACAGAGAACUGCUGUGUUUCCUUAAAAAUAAAUAAAACCAGUGCAAUCUUUGUUCCAGCACUUUCUGGCAUCGUGCAAAUUAGGUCAGACUGUUGACUAGGUUUAUGAAUGUGAUUUCUAAAUAGAGUGCCGCAUUGUGUGUGAUAUAAAGGUGUAAAUUCUGUAAAUUAUUAGAGCAGAUAUAUAGAAUUAUUAUAAGAUGUGCAAUUUAGACUUGAAGCUGUAAAUUGAAUCAUGAAAUAAUUCUGUUGUGUCUUGACAGCUUAUAGUGACUUUCAUUAGCAGCUGUGAGCAAGAGCAGUUUUACCAUUGCCAAAUGUGGCUUCACGCUGUUAAAAGUGCAUUUCUGCUAUUGGGCACGUUUUUUUUGUAAAUAUUUACUGGAAGCUUUAUUACUAUUGAUACUUAAGGGUAAAUAUAUUUUUGCCUUGCAAUACGAAAAAAGCACAAUAAAAGAGUUUGGAUACAUGAAA